UGAAUAAACUGCAGGUUCGAGAACGAGCUGGGCAUGCGUCAGUCGGUGGAGGCCGACAUCGCCGGGCUGAAGAUGCUGCUGGGAGAACUGGGCGUGGCCAAGAACGACCUGACGAUGCAGAUCGACAGUCUGCAGGAGGAACUGCUGUCCAUGAAGAAGAACCACGAGGAGGACCUGCUGGCCAUGAGGGCCCAGAUGAGCGGUCAGGUGAACGUGGAGGUGGACGCUACUCCUCAGGAGGACCUCACCAGGGUCAUGGAGGAGAUCAGGGAGUACUAUGAGAGCGUCGCUGCCAAGAACAACAAGGAGCUGGAGGGCUGGUUCCAGGCGAAGUCGGAGAUCCUCAGUAAGGAGGUGUCCACAACAGAGAUGACGCUAAAGUCCACGACAUCGGAGGUGAAGGAAGUGAAGAGUCAGCUUCAGGCUCUGGAGAUCGAGCUGCAGUCUCAGCUCAGCAUGAAAGCUUCUCUCGAGGCCCAGCUGGCUGAGAUUCAGAGUCGCUAUGCCGGACAGAUGGCUGGCUACCAGAUGCAGGUGUCGUCCUUGGAGGAGCAGCUGGUGCAGCUGAGGGCCGACCUGGAGAGGCAGGCACAGGAGUACCAGAUGCUGCUGGACAUCAAGACCAGGCUGGAGAUGGAGAUCGCAGAGUACAGGAGGCUGUUGGACGGAGAGGGAGUCGGAUCUGUCGCCUUGUCCUCCGGAGACCUGUCCUCUACAUCCACAACCACCUCAACAGUCACCACGACUGUUGUCAAAAAGGUCAUCGAGGAAACCAUCUGAACCAAUCACACAGCUGUCUGACCGGGGGCGGAGCCACAUCUCAACCUAUCACCUUCCUGCACGCUGCGUCAGGAAACACCUGACUGAGAGCGUAUCUCGUCUUCAUCGCCUCGUCUUUGAGGAGAAAAUUCCACGUUUUCUUGAUUGUUGGGAAAACUUCAGCGUUGUUCUGUUUAGUGCUUCAACAAUUAAAAGUCAACAAAAGUCAACUAAA